AGGAAUGUGAACUAUGCAGUAAGAGUCCAACUUUGUACUGCAUUCUCAAUCUGCCUACAGUGGCAGGAAAAUGGAGCCUCGUUUUAUCGUAUUUACCAGGGCCCUCCCACACAAAUAACUUCAAAUUCGCGCGACACGAUCAGUAAACACAACUAGGACACGAAGUUUCCGAAGAAGGAGUCUUUUUUUGGGAUUUUACCCUCGAAUCAAAGUUACUCGGGUCGCCUUUUUCACAUGGCCCAGCAUGGCAGCCCGGUGGCCAGGCUGCCGAAGUCUCCACGCCACCCUCUAGCCUCUGAGAGUCACUGCGAACGUCAGCCCUGAGCAGUGCAUCAUGGGAAGCCUGUAGUCCCAGACCAGCACCAGUGGAGCAGGGGAUUGAGGAGAAAAGGACUCUAGUUUAACUCCAGAUACGCAUGGAUACAGCCAGGAGAAAGGGGGAAGAGUCAACAGUGAAAGUAGCCCUCUAAUGUAGAAAGCUUACAUAGCCAAGGUCCUCAAGCACUAACAGACCGAAACACAAGGUGGCAGUGCAGUUCACGGCCUCCGGCCAACUCGCCACAGCCCAAGCCAAGACGCCUCGGACCCUAGUCUACUUGCCAUAGUCCCUAGUUGCGGACCCUAUCCAACUAGCUGCCGCCCAUAGGUAAAUAGCCAACUAGCUGUGGUCUGUAGCCAACGAGCCAUAACCCCAAACCAACUAGCUAGCCGAGGUCCCUGACCGAUUGGCCAACUGCGGCGUCAAGCAGCGAGUAGGGGGGCGCCAUGCGGCCCAAGACGUUUCCAGCAGCACCGUACGUGGGCAACACGCGGCAGCGACUGCAGGAGAUCAAGGAGGGUCUGAAGCAGCCGGCGAAGCUAGUGAGCCAGGCACUGCACGGGGGCAGCUCACGGUCAGACGGCCAGGGGAAGGACACUGCCAGCAGGCAGCAGCAGCAGCUACGGCCACCCCAGAAGUUCAACAACUACCAGAAUGCACUGCGAGAGAUCCGCAAGUCGCUUAUGCCCUUCGCCAACGACUCUGGGCCCUCGUCGGGGUCAGGCCCCGCCCCCUCUGGCUCUGGCGAUGUCAACCGACAGAUGUUGCAGGACCUGGUGAACGCUGGCUGUGACCAGGAGAUGGCGGUGCGCGCUCUGAAGCAAACGGGCAGCAGGAACAUUGAGGCCGCGCUGGACUACAUCAGUAAAAUGGGCUACCUGGACCCUCGCACAGAGCUGAUAGUCAGGGUCAUCAAACAGACCUCCCCAGGUAAAGGGGGAAUGCCGAGCUCCAUGGACCACCGGCCCCCCAUGGAGGGGUCGGGGGAGGUGGUGCCCAUGCCCCCUUACCACCAGAUGGGGGCCCCCAUGUACGAGGGCCCUGCGUCCUACGGCCCCGAGGGGGACCUGCCCCGGCCCUACAUGGGAGCCCCGCCCGUCAUGAACUACAUGAUGCCCCCCUCCCCACAGGGCCCCAUGGGGCGGCCCCCCAGCAUGGGCUCCUACCCCUCCGCCAUGCCCGGCCCCAACCCCCCGGGCAGCGGCCUGUACCCUCCUGGGGCCCCCCAGAAGGGGUACCCCGGAGCCCUCGAGCAACACGGGCCCCUGAUCAGCUACAACAUCCCCGGCCAGCCGCUGCAGCUCGCGCCGCCGCCAGCAGGGGGCCCCGGGCCGGGCCCCCACUAUGACUACGGCCCCCCCCGGCCCCACAUGAUGGAGCAGGGAGGCUACGGCGUGAAGCGCAGCGCGUCCUUCCAGAACAAGAUGGCCCCGCCCGAUGGCUACGUGGGCAUGCAGGGGAAGGGCCUGUACCUGCCCCCCCACGCCCACCCCCGCCAGCCCAGCCCCACGUCCCACCAGGUCCACAUCAUGUCCCGCUCCCCGGGGGCCGGCCCCUCCGUCCUGGGGCCCGACUUCCCCGACCUCCCCCCGGGCCUGAUGACCCCGUCCAGGGCCAGCCUCAACCUGGACCUCUACGACCACCACUGGGGGUCCGAGGGGGCCCCGCCUCCCAGGCAGCCCCAGUCCCAGGGGCCCUUCAGAGGGGAGGUCCGGGUCCCGAGCCGGACCAAUUCAUUCAACAGCCGCUCGGCCGGCCCUAUCACCGCCCGGCCCCCCAUGGCCCCGCCCCCCACCGACCCCUCCCUCGGGCCCCCCAACACCAUCACCGCCGUCACCUCGCCGCCCAUCCAGCAGCCCGUCAAGAGCAUCCGCGUGAUGCGCCCGGAGCCCAAGACGGCCGUGGGGCCCUGCCACCCCGCCUGGAUGGUGGCCCAGGGGCCGGAGGGGAGCGAGGCCCUGGGCUACGUCCCAGAGGAGUCGUACUCCCUGGAGCCGGCCCAGGACACCCCCCGCUGCCCGCCUCCCCCCUACCCCAAGACCCUGGACGGGCCGGGGGCGAUGUGUGGCCCCGGGGAGCCGCUCCCCGCCUCCAGGGCCGUGCACGGUGGGGGCGCGGGCAGCGGGGGAAGCGGGGGGAAGGCGGAGGAGAGUCACGGCAAGGAGAAAGCCAAGGCGGGGAAGGCGGAGAAGGCGCUCAAGGACAAGAAGCAGAUCCAGACGUCCCCGGUGCCGGUGAGGAAGAACGGCCGCGACGAGGAGAAGAGGGAGUCCCGCAUCAAGAGCUACUCUCCCUUCGCCUUCAAGUUCUACAUGGAGCAACACAUCGAGAACGUGAUGAAGACCUACCAGCAGAAGCUGAACCGACGCCUGCAGCUGGAGCAGGAGAUGUCCAAGGCCGGCCUAUCGGAGGCUGAGCAGGAGCAGAUGAGGAAGAUGCUGAACCAGAAGGAGUCCAACUACAACCGUCUCCGGCGAGCCAAGAUGGACAAGUCGAUGUUUGUGAAGAUCAAGACACUGGGCAUUGGCGCGUUCGGGGAGGUGUGUCUGACCCGCAAGGUGGACACUAGCGCCCUAUACGCCAUGAAGACCCUGCGCAAGAAGGACGUGCUCAACCGGAACCAGGUCGCGCACGUGAAGGCGGAGCGGGACAUCCUGGCGGAGGCGGACAACGAGUGGGUGGUGCGUCUGUACUACUCCUUCCAGGACCGGGACAGCCUGUACUUCGUCAUGGACUACAUCCCCGGGGGGGACAUGAUGAGCCUGCUCAUCCGCAUGGGCGUCUUCCCCGAGACCCUGGCGCGCUUCUACGUGGCGGAGCUGACGCUGGCCAUCGAGAGCGUGCACAAGAUGGGCUUCAUCCACCGCGACAUCAAGCCCGACAACAUCCUCAUCGACCUGGACGGACACAUCAAGCUCACCGACUUCGGCCUGUGCACGGGCUUCCGCUGGACACACAACUCCAAGUACUACCAGAAGGGGAGUCACGUGCGGCAGGACAGCAUGGAGCCCAGUGACUUCUGGGACGAUGUGUCCAACUGUCGCUGUGGCGACCGCCUCAUGACCCUGGAGCAGCGGUCGACACGGCAACACCAGCGGUGUCUCGCCCACUCGUUGGUGGGCACGCCCAACUACAUCGCACCGGAGGUCCUGCUGCGCAAAGGUUACACCCAGCUGUGUGACUGGUGGAGUGUGGGCGUCAUCCUGUUUGAGAUGCUGGUGGGCCAGCCGCCGUUCCUCGCCCCCACCCCCACAGAGACCCAAAUCAAGGUGAUCAACUGGGAGAGCACGCUGCAGGUGCCCCCGCAGGUCAAGCUCAACCCCGAGUCGGUGGACAUCAUCGCCCGCCUCUGCUGCUCGGCGGAGGAGCGCCUGGGCGGGAACGGCGCCGGCGAGAUCAAAGCCCACCCCUUCUUCCACCAGACGGACUUCUCCGCCAACCUGCGGCAGCAGCCGGCGCCCUACCGGCCCAAGAUCUCCCACCCCAUGGACACCUCCAACUUCGACCCGGUGGAGGAGGAGGGCGGGCCGGGCGCGUGGAGUGACAGCGGCGACAGCGCCCGGGCGUGGGAGGCGCUCUGCCUGCCGCACGGGAAGCACCCCGAGCACGCCUUCUACGAGUUCACCUUCCGCCGCUUCUUCGACGACAACGGAUGCCCCUUCCGCUACCCCAAGCCCCCCGAGGCCGCCCAGGCCCCGCCCAGCGAGCGGCCGGCCAAUCGCACAGGCCCGGAAGAGAGGGGGGAACACGAGGAGGAGGAGGGGGGGGGGGGAGGAGGAGGAUGACGACGAUGACGACGAUGAGGAUGACGACGACGACGAGGAGGAGGACGAUGAUGAGGAUGACGAUGAGGAGGAGGAAGGGGAGGGUUGUGAGCCGGUGUAUGUGUAGAGGCCAGCCUUUGAUUGGCUGCCCGGUUUGGUGGGCGUCUCUUAUAAUCGAUGGGCACCUUGGUCCUCUGCCAAAGUAUUUCCUCGAGGCGUGUGCGUGCGUGAGUUCCUAUCUGUAUGUGUAAGUGCACAGCCAUGCAGGAGACAUGAAUCGUUGUGUUUUAAAAACACAAAGUGUGUUGCUUUGAGUGACUUGAGGUCAAGGGUUAACUCUAUGUAGUUUUGACCGAGGGGGUGAAAGGUGCAGUUAUGGAGGGACAGAUGUGUCAUCCUUCUCCCCUACCCCCGGUUUUCACACACAGGAAAGCGACGGACUGGAGUUUCCUGCCCUGCCAGAUUUAAUCCUGGACUCAAAUGGAUGAACACUUUGCAUGCUGGGAAACUAGACCACCAAGGUUUCCAUGAGAACGCAACAUAAGCUACAAAAACAACGAUUGUGUUUCACAAGCACACACAUUUGUGUUUUUGGAGCUCUUUUUUUUUUAAAUACAGAGGGUGUGAACAGGUAUGGGAGAGAGUGGAGAGUUGUUGCGGGUCGUGAAUGUUAUAAAAGUGUGGGGAGGUUCUUCAACGGAUCAUUUCAGAUUGGCAUUUCUCUCACGCUUCGUCACAGUAGAACCAACUGGACAUUGCCGUGUGGUGAGAGUAAACAGGUACAACUUGCCUCGUUCCUUAAAUGCUUUCAUGACAGUUGUUCAUUUCCAAGGUCAAUAUUAUCCAGAGUUAGAAAGAGAAAAAUCGUAGACGGUUAAAAAAGCCAAAAAGGGUUCGAUGCUGAAGCUUAAAAACAGGUCGGUUCCCUCCACGUGGUGACAGUUUGGGCGGUUUGUUUACGCUUCUGUUGCUUGGCUAAGAAGACAAAGACUGUUACACUACGUUACUUUCCUCAGAGUCUACCUUGUGAUGAACCAACUUAACUCAGUGGAUCCUGUGACCAAGUCCUGACAAUGCUUCUUCUGCCAGGAAAACAACCACACACACACACACACAUACACACAUACAUGCAUACAUACAUACAUACACAGUAUUAUGUAAAAAUAUGCGACUAUCAAUCAAAACAUACACACACUAUAAGUUCACAGGUCUCCAUGGCGUUGAGGGAGGUCAUGUGAUAGGAAUUGAGGAGGCGGUCUUAAAAGCAACAUGUGAGAUGUAUAACUAUGUGCAAUACAGAAAAAACCUGAUCUAUACUUUUCACUUAAUAUCCUCCUUAACGUCAAGUACUGAGCGCGUUAUGUACAAAUAUAUUAGUUUAUAUAAAUAUUAUUGUUUUCCUUUCAGUUAAAAUGUUCACCAUGCUGCUUAUUAUUAUGGUUAAAAUGUUAUUUACAAUAUUAUAAUUGUUAUCAUUAUUACAUUUAUACCAAUGUAUUUUUUUAUUUGUGAGUGAAGAGGGUUAGUUUAUGUGCGCUGGGUGUGGGGUGUGAUUCAGGGCGGGUGAAACCAUGUGUUUUUCUAGUUGUCUGUUGAGGUGAGUUUGUUAAGAACAUCUGUGGUGGGUUGACUCCUCCCCCCCCUGCGAUCUGGCGGGUCCUGGCCACAGGGGGCGGAGCCAGGAGUACGGAUGAUGGGGGAUGGCUAGAUGGAUGGAUGGAUGGAGAGAUGAGAUGGAAGAUGGAAUCGUUAGAAAUGGCAGCAGAAAGAUGUCUGACAGGGAUGUUUCCAUAAACAACUUAGAUUAACGCAAACAAAUAUUCAAUUCCUAUCUCUUAGACACAACCAAAUAUAUAGUGACCAUGCCCUUGCAUAACAAGGCCGGUGAAUUGGAAAAGGAGAGGAAUUAUUGGGGACAUUAAUGCAGAAUCACUCCCAGUGUGUUUCAAAUAGAAAAGACCACGUCGUGCCAUGUUGUUCACAACCACCCCAAACAUCUCUGUUGCCUCCUGACAAUCAGCCCGUAACAACUCAAACCCAGUGUUUCCAACAGUAUUCUGUAACCAUGGAAACCCCUCCGAUGGCGUGGAUGGUUGAACUUAAUGGCAGGAAGAUGGUUAAUCCAGAGUGUUGUUUGUUUCGCCUGGCAGUGUACUGAAAGGUAUUUUAUUAUUUUUCCUGUUUUGGUUAUUUGUUUUAUCAUUUCUAAUGUGCCUUCUAUGUUGGGCAGAACCAACAUACACCGCCAUCCUAUUUCAAAACAUGUAUUUAUCCGUUGAAAGCAGAUAUUCACGGUAGUAUUCAGGCUGAGGGCUGUUACAUAUAGUCUGCUCCAGGGGGGAAGAGUUGGAGGUGGCACGGAGUGCCUUGCUCAAAGGGCAUCCUUAAGGGCUAGAGGGUUGCCUGUUGCUCUCCUCACUAGCUCCGCCCACUCACUGCCUCGACCUAUCACAGAGGUUACCUGAGAACCUGAGCGAUUGGAAAUGUUUUGGUGAUGUUUUAGUUCUCGCAAAGUAUGAGAAUGACGACCGACAAUCUUUGACUCAAAUCAAUCUGAAUGUUAGCGAGGUGUGUCCAGCUUCACAUUGUGUUGUUCUUCUUCGUGUAUCAUACAAGUUGUUUCUCCCUGAGUUUAUAUUUAUACAGAUAUACAUAUUUUUUGUAUCUUCGCGUUUUUUGGGGUUUUAAAUUCGCCUGUGCUAAUGUUAACGUGUCUACGCAGUAUUAUCGAUGAUGUGAUUUGGUCAACUAUCUCUUUUUUACAUUUAUAUGUAUUAAUCGAGGAUUUGUAAAAAAAAAAAAAAAAAAAGCUUUCACUGUCUCAAUGUGUAAAAUAUAUGUAUAAAUUAAAUUAACCAACUUUGA